UGCGUCCCCAAGGCCCGGGACAUCUUUGCGCAGGUCGUGGGGGCUGUGCGCUACCUGCAUGACCGCAACUUGGUGCACAGGGACCUCAAGUGUGAGAACAUCCUGCUGAUCGCUGAUGGCCGCCGGGCCAAGCUCAGUGACUUUGGAUUCAGCAAGGAGGCCAAUGGCUACCCGGACCUGAGCACCACAUUCUGCGGGUCAGCAGCCUACACUUCCCCUGAGGUGCUGAUGAACAUCCCGUAUGAUGCCAAGAAGAAUGACAUUUGGAGCCUGGGGGUGGUACUCUACGUGAUGGUGACGGGCCGCAUACCCUUUGACAAUACGUGCAUCCGCAGCAUGCCCCAGCAGCAGAAGGAAGGGGUGCGGUACCCAGAGGGGCUGCCCCCGCUGCCAGAGCCCUGCCAAGCUCUCAUCGCUCAACUGCUCCAGUUCGACCCGGCCUCCCGGCCCGGCGCGGGGCAGGUGGCCAAGAACAGUUGGCUGAAGGGGGACAUCUGA